AUGAACAAAGCAGCGUCUGCUGUUUCAUCACAAACCUCAUCAUUAGUAUCUUCUGAAAGAAAGCUUAAGGAGAAACGAUUUAUUUGUUUUCUUUAUCGUAAUUUAUUGAAAUUAUGCAGAUGUUAUGACGAACAUCCGGCACUUAAAUUUUCACUUGUAAAUCCUCGGAACACUAAAAGUCGAAACCUCAUCACUCGUAGUUGGACAAAAACACAAUUAGGACAAUUCAUUCUCUCGCAAGUGUAUCGUGACCCAAAAUCAUUUUUCUAUACGCCUCCUGGCGCUAGUUUUGAAAGGAUUUGUAAGAAUGUUUUCAGGAUACGUAAUCAUGUGGAGGACGGAAGCAUAAAGUUUACCAAGAAUGAUGCCAUAGAAGUUUGUUUUGGACUUCAAAGUGAAAUGAAUUUGAACAUUGAGAAAUCUAAGAAGCUUAUGGUUGUUCGAAAAUUGCAUGACCAACACGAUUUUGAAAGCUCGGAAACACAACCAGUUGAAUUUUCACUCGUUAAUACUGUUGAACCCAAAAAAUUUCACAUUUUAGUCUCUCAUCCCAUGUUGACGGACAUUGUUUUUGAGAGAACAUGCUUUGUUAUGACUGACAACAAGCAACGUGUGGCUUCAAUUUUGGGAAAGAGAGCACAUGAGCUUCGAAGAAAAAAGAAAAGAAAGAAAAACCAAAAGCAAUUGUUACCCUCCAUGAUAGAAGAGCAUAUUCCUCAAACGUCCAAUGCCGGUGACGGGAGUGAUUCGAGUGUGUCAACUGCUCCUGUGUCCAAUUCAGAAAGCAGUUCAGUAACAACAGACCAUAUUCAACAAGAGUUCUCGAAAUCACUCGAGGCAAAUAUUGAGACAUUUCCAAACGACCCUAAUUUACUUAAAUCAAAAAUUCCUCUUACCAUUACUCCUGUAAUGCCAUUGCAAACACAUGAUACUUUCGAAUAUGAUGAUGACAAUAAUUUUUCAAACAAUCCUGAGGAUGACUACGAUCCAAAUGACGAAUAUGACGAUAGUACUGAUUCUAAUGAAUAUGAAUAUGAACCUGAAGAUACUAUUAAUGAUGAGAUGCUUUCAACCUUAGAAGAAGAGGGUAAUCGAUAUCUUGAAAAUUUAUUAAAAGAGCUUGAAGCAAGACAACGUUUAGCCUCAUGGAGGAAGGGACAACUGUCAUCAGAAAUUCAACAUGGCACGUGGCUGGUAGUAACAGUUGAUAAUCCGUCUCAACUCCUGUCGAUAGCAAAUUCCAAACCUCAUUGGCAAGUAUGGGAGUAUGUUGUAAAGAGGUUGGCUUCCUCGUAUCCUGAACUCGAGAGCUGGCUUGAUUUUCCAUUCAAUCCUCCAAUGAAAUAA